CCCUUGUCACUGUGACAGUUAAAAAAGGCGCCCCGCGUCUUGGCUGAACAACCCGUGUGUUCUAUAUCAUAAAAACAUACUCCAGGUCGAAUUCUUGGAGGCUGUCCAGUGGUGUAUUGAGCGUGAAGCGGAAUAAAAGGGACGAUGGCAUUGAACGAUUGCUCCAGUUCAAAUAUGGGUGGAAUUUCACGACAGAACUCCAGUGCAGCUAUUUCCACUGAAUUUGACUUUUUGGUCAGAAUGAAUUUCCAGUUUGUGGAGAAGCUAGAUGAACAGUACAUAUGUCCCAGUUGUCGCCAAGUCGUCCUCAAUCCUCACCAGACAAGUUGUGGACACAUAUUUUGCUACCAGUGCAUUACAGUUUUUUUGGAAUGCACCUCUGCUCCAACAUGCCCUGUUGAUAAUGUGCUGAUAAAAUCAAAUGAGGUUUUUCAGGACAAUUGUUGUAAAAGAGAAGUGUUAAACUUAGAAAUCUACUGCACAAAUUCUCCUGACUGCAGUUCAAAGGUGACUUUAUGCCGUUUAAAGGACCAUCUUGAACAGUGCCAGUAUGAAUCCCUGCAGUGCACACACGCAGGAUGCACUGACAGGAUGUUCAGAAAGGAUUUGAAGGAGCACUUGAAGAAUAUUUGUAAAUAUAGAGUGGAACCUUGUCCACACUGUCAAACAAAUAUAAUGUUAAUUCAUUUGAAGGACCAUGAAGAAACUCAGUGCCCAGAAUAUCCAGUACCCUGUCCCAAUGUAUGCACCCAGAUUAUGAAAAGACAUGAGCUCAAAGAACACUUCCAUGAAUGCCUAGAAGUUCCAAUAGAAUGCAUGUACAAUAAGUAUGGAUGCUCAGUCAGGGAUAAACGAGUUAAAGUUCGGGCUCACGAGGACAUGGCUUUGAAGGACCACCUGCUCCUUGUUUUAGAAAGUAACUCAAAAUUGGAAAAACAGAUCGCUGAUCUACAGGUGACAUUACAUUUAAAACACCAGGAAGUCCAAGAAUUAACAAUAGUUGUUAACAAACUGGAGAAUGAAAUCAAACCUUUAAUGCAGCAGGUCACUAAAACUGACAACAUGCUCUGUAAUGUUCAGAAAUCACUUGAAGAUCAGAAGGACAGAGUAUCCAGUGUCCAGAUACAGCUGCAGCAUUUAACCAGGGUAUUCAAUCAGGAUCCAAGCCGGUCAGAGCUGGGGCUGCUGAAACAUUCUGUGGGCAGUCUAAAGCAGCAAGUCUCAGUUGUUGAAUCACUGAAAGAUCAUUUGGCUUCCUUGGAAGGCCAGUACAAUCGCCAUUCUGGACUAUUAAACAUUCAUGUUGAGCAGCUCAGUUUAAACGAGGAAAGAUUCCGUCAGUUGGAAGCCAUGUCCUACAACGGGAAACUCAUCUGGAAGAUCGAAGAUUAUAAGAAGAAGAAGAAGGAAGCUGUGGAAGGGCGCGCGCCUUCAAUUUUCAGCCAGGUGUUUUACACAAGCCGCAGUGGGUACAGACUCUGCGCGAGGGCGUACCUGAAUGGAGAUGGCACUGGUAAAGGGACUCACCUGUCUCUCUAUGUUGUGGUGAUGAGGGGUGAAUUCGACUCGCUCCUGCCUUGGCCUUUCGAGCAGACAGUGACACUGAUGAUUCUAGAUCAGAGUGGGGCCAAAACUGAUAUUGUGGAUGCCUUCAAACCUGACCUGAACAGCAACAGUUUCAAGAGACCAGUCACUGAAAUGAACGUGGCUUCUGGCUUCCCUUGCUUUGUCACCCAUACUGCGCUGGAGGCUCCAAAAAACGGAAUUUAUGUAAAAGACGAAACUUUGUUUGUUAAAGUUAAGGUGGACUUAACUGGACUGGACGAGCUAUAGUAGUAGCAAAUCAUUAUUUGCAAACUUGACCAAAAAAACUAAAAUACCGGCUAUUUCUGCAUAAAAAAUUUUUUUGGCUCCAUUUUAGAAAUACAUGUAUCAAUUCAAUUGCGUUGUCAUGAUUUCCACAACUGUUUUACAAAUCUGUUAAUUUUUUUACUGAUACUUUACUGAUACCGUUUUUAUGUGUGACAUAAAAUGUGUUUUACGCAAUACUGUAUAAUCCACAAUACUUUUAUUGACAUAAUCAACUUACAAGUUCUGAGUGCUAAAUGAAACUCUUGCAUCUAACAUUAGAGAUAUAACCUACAGUAACUAUUACAGAGCAUAUUUAUGUAACUAUCACUGACACUGUUAUCUGCUGUGUUAUUGAAUUGUAUUUUGUCACACUUGUACUUGCUUGAACCAAAGUCAUUGUAUUUAUCUUGCUCUUAAUUGUAUUAUUGUACUGUGAUACUUGAAAUGUAUUUGCUUACGAUUGUAAGUCGCCCUGGAUAAAGGCGUCUGCUAAGAAAUAAAUAAUAAUAAUAAUAAUAAUAUUUAUGACAAGUGCUCUUGUCAUUGUACUUUGGCAGGCCCUAUACAAAUACAUAUCAUUCAUAUGCAAGAGAGAGUUGAACUUCAGAGAACAUUGGCCUAGAUCCAAGUUUUCACAGACAUGGACCAAGAAUAGUAGUUCUGGUUCCAUAUUGAUAAACAUACAGUAUCAUGUUCUGUUUUGUUGUGCCUUCUAAGAUAAGCAUUUAUGUUAUUUAAGCCAAUACCUGUCAUAGAAGAAUAUUGCAUAUUCUUGUGUUUCUUCAGUCUGCUUUAGGGUUGGUUGCUGUAUAGAUACAUUAUUGAAAUGUUAAAAAUGUGUUUAUUGUGUUUGAUUUGGCUUAAGAUAACUUAUUUUAACACUGUGUCUAGAGAGUGGUUUAAAUAAUAAUGUUGCUUGGCAUGAGUAUAUCGUUGACUAGUAUUAAUCGUAAAGUAUAUCCACUUUUGCUUUCAUGUAGUAUUUUACAAGCAAAAAACAUUCAAAAUACAAAAAAACAACUGGGCCAUACAAGAAAGACCAAUACAUUAUGGGAUAUCUGUAUCUUUAUUGAGCAAAUUGCUCUUCCUAUUGUAAAUAAUA